AUUCUUUACAAGAUUUUUAAGUUUCAACAACAAUUAUCAAUUAAACGGAUAGAUUAAGAACCUUUAAAAUGGAAACGUUUGAAAAAAUUCUUCACAACUGUGAUGCUUUAGAAUCUAUAUUCAAAUACUUGGAUUUAAAUGAACAAUUAAAAAUCUCACAAAUUUGCAAAGAAUUUGAAUUUCCAAUAACCCAGCUAAUAUGGAGACUUAAGUGUAGAAAUAUAAAAUUUACUCAAAUAUUUCCGGAAACUAUAAUGGUGAAAUGUAAUAAUAAAGAUAAAGAAUGUGCAAUGGAUUACGAGAGAAUUGAAAUGUUUUUGUCCUUAUGCAGGAGUUAUGUGCAGAAUUUUGAAUUGAAUUUUAUGGAAUUUGCCAUAGAACGUAUUACUUUUGAUUUUAAAAAUUUAACCACAAUUACUUUUUAUAAAUGCCAAGUAAAUAAUGAACAUUUAAAACAACUAGCUAGAAAUUGUUUAAAAUUAAGCAGAUUUCAUAUGGAAUGCUGUAAGAAUUGUGAGCAAAAACCUCUUAUAAUGGGCCGAGAUAUACAAGUAAAUAUAUUUGAAGAAAUGCCGGAGCUAAGCGAAUUGACAGUUAUAAAUUUUUAUAAUAUCGACAUGGAUUACAAAAUUCUGCAAAAGUUUUAUAAGAUCUCAAAACUAAAGAAACUUAGCAUAAAAGCACCUUUAUAUGUGGAUACUAGUGGAUCCAACUGCCAAGGAAAAAUUAUGUAUAAAACAAAAUCUUUAGAUAGUUUAAGAAUUGAACGUUUUUGUGAUCAAAAGUUAUGGCUACAAUUUAACUUGAAAUGUUUGGUUAAUUUUAAAAAUCUUACAAAAUUAACUCUUAAAAUGGAUCCUUUUGCCGAUAUAACAGUGGAUGAUAUAUUUUUCUUAACCUUAGCAAAUAAUUGCCAACUACUAGAAGACUUAACACUAGAACAGUGUAAAUUAAUUAUAACAAAAUUUUCACCAAUAGAAAAUCUUUCCAGUUUAACUUUAAACUGGUGUCGGGAAUUGAGUGGUUGUAAUUUAAGGGAAAUCUUUAGUGUAUAUAAAUUACAAUCACUUAAACUAACAAAUACCCUAUGUCAGAAAAAUAUUUACAAUUACAAUUAUACUGGCGAUAAUUUAAAAGCUUUAACAGUGGGAACAACUCUACAACCAGAUAUAACAUCAGCUUUAACUAACCCCAGCAACCGAUUUGAAAAUAUCUCUAAACUUAUUUGGUUUCAAAGUGGACCCUCAAGUUUAGGAAAUCCAAUUAUUUUGGAAAAUAUUCCGUAUAUUUAUCCCAAAGUACAAAAAUUGCUAAUUAUAGACUAUUUCAUAAAAAUUGAGGAUUUAAAAUGUCUAAAGUAUUUGAAUUUCUUAAAAAUUCAUUUAAACACCAUCAUGUCUUGGUUCUAUUUAAAACAUCUCUUGCAAUUACCCCAUCUAACAAACCUCAUCAUUGGCUUGUCUUUGGGUAUUUCAAUAGAUAUUAAGGCUAGUGUUGAUGAGGGUAACUCGUGUCGGGAAUUAACUAAAAAUUUGGAAUAUUUAAAAAUUCCCUUAAUUGUUUUUAGUGCAAAUAUAGAAUUUUGGUUAUUAUUUUUACAGCGAAAUAUAAAAUUGAAAUUAACAGUUUUUUGUGAUUGCAAAGAGAAACUAUUUAAAAUUUUGUUUUUCGAACAACUUUUAAGCAGUAAAAAAUUUCCUCAUCAACUGCAACAUAUCAAUAUUAGUGAUUUUUUAUGUGGACUGUAAACAACUUAAAGCUGAUUAUACAGAUACUUUAAGCAAAUAUGAUUUUAAGCAAAAUGAGGAAGGAGAAUUCUUUAUAAUACUUCAAAAUCCUAAAUCCUAAAAACAGUGAUUUGCGCCAAUAUUUUAUAUCAAAUUGAACCAAAUCAUGUUUAAUGUCGAUGUAUAGGGUUUCAAAUGAUCGGUCUCUGCCGACUUUAUACAUACAUACAUAUAUCCAUCAGUUUUAUUAUAUUUAUUUUUAAUUUAAAUACAAUCGUUUAUGUAAUUAUUCUAUUUAAAUAACGGUGAAUAUAUGUUUCUAAAUUUAAACUUAUAAAUUAUUAUAAAAUUUUAUUUUUAACACGAUUUACAUAUAAAAAACAUACAUUUAACUAAGUUCAACUACA